AUGGGGUUAAAGGACCAGAGAAACUCAGAAAAGACUGAACCCUAUUCUCUUCCGAUGUAUUUGAGAGCUCCAGAGAAGAGAGUCAGACAUGAACUAGAGGAGAAACUGAGAGUGAAAGAUAAUGAAAUCAAAGAGUUACAGAAGAAGAUCAAGACACUGGGGACCACAGAAGUUCCAGAGAUCUGGGCGCGAGUGCCAGAUCGUGCCUUUCCCCUGAGGAAGGAGGUUCCCUCUCAGGGGGAUGUGUCAGGAAGGAGCACAAGCUCCAAGAACCAGUUCCGCUGGGCCGAAAUAGGGCUACCAGGAGAAUCUGUUCUGAGAUCUUCCCAACAUUGGACCAUGUCUAACUACCUGUGCCUGGCCGAAUCAACUCCAGAACAGCUGGACCGUCUGAGGGUGGAGCCUCCACUCACCUCGGAGCGGACCUGUCGCCCAGAAAUUUCAGAGGGUGUGAAGCUGAAUCUGGUUGUGUGUGGCAGUAACAAAGAAUUAAAAUCCUUCAUAUCAAACCUGAUCCUGAUUCAGAGCGAGAGAAGAUCAGAGCUCAGCUCAGAGUGUGUGAGGAGAGACGUGGAGCUUCAUGGACGUCUGAUCAGUCUGGUGGAGCUUCCAGCUCUGUUCAACACUCAGCUCUCAGAGGAGGAAGUGAUGCGUCAGACUCACCGCUGUGUGUCUCUCUGUCAUCCUGGAGUUCAUGUUUUCAUCAUCAUCAUUCCUGAUGCUCCAAUUAAUAAUGAAGACAAAGCAGAAAUGGAGAAAUUAAAGAGAAUAUUUAGCUCAAGAAUCAACAAACACGUCAUGAUCCUCAUAAAGCAGAAUUCAGAGCAUCAGACAGAAAAACUGAAUGAAGAAACACAGUCUGUCAUUGAGAGUUUUGGAGGACGACAUCAUUUCAUUGACCUGAACACACAAGUGUCUGUGUUGAUGGAGAAACUGGAGCAGAUGGUUGAGGAAAAUAGUGGUGUUUAUUCAGGAGACAAGGAUGAAGUGAGGAUUGUGCUGCUGGGAAAAACUGGAGUUGGGAAAAGUGCAACUGGAAACACCAUCUUAGGAAGAAAGAAGUUUACAGCAGAAACAUCUCAAGAGUCUGUUACUAAAGAGUGUCAGAGAGAAACAGCUGAAAUCAAUGGCAGACACAUUACUGUGAUCGACACUCCAGGACUGUUUGAUACUGAACUCACUAAUGAAGAAAUACAGAGAGAAAUCAGCAACUGCAUCUCCAUGAUCCUGCCUGGACCACAUGUGUUCAUCAUUGUGCUCAAUUUAGGACAAAGAUUCACUCAAGAAGAACGAACAUUAGAGAAGAUCAUCCAAGAAACAUUUGGUGAAAACUCUUUGAAGUACACCAUGGUGCUCUUCACCAGAGGAGAUGAUCUGAAUGAUAAAACCAUUGAUCAGUGUUUUGGAAAACCUGGAUCUUAUUUGAAUGAGCUGAUUGAAUCAUGUGGAAACAGAUUCCAUGUGUUCAAUAAUAAAGAGACUGGAGACCAAACACAGGUGACUGAUCUACUGCAGAAGAUAGACAACAUGGUGAAAGCAAAUGGAGGGAGUUACUACUCAUGUAAGAUGUUCAGAGAGAUGGAAAGACAAAUACAAGAGCAACAAAAAAAGAUACUGAUGGAGAAAGUAGAGAAACUGAACAGAGAAAAAGAACAACUGAUGAACAAACAUGAAGAAGAGAAAAAGAGAUUGAAGAUGAAGGAAGAAAGACAGAAUCAUGAGAAACCGAGAAAGAGAGGUGAAGAAGAAUUUAGAGAGAGAGAGGAACAUUAUAAAAGAGAUAGAGAAAGAGAGGAACAAGAGAGAAAGACACGAGUGGAGAUGAAGAGAGAACGAGAGGAAUGGGAGAAACAGAAACAACAGGAAAGACAAAGAAGAGAAGAAGAGGAGGAGAGACGGAGAAAGAAAGAACAGGAAAUACAAGAACAAUAUAAAAAAGACAUUAAAGACAUAGAAGAACAAGAGAGAAAGACACGAGAGGAGCUGAAGAGAGAACGAGAGGAAUGGGAGAAACAGAAACAACAGGAAAGACAAAGAAGAGAAGAAGAGGAGGAGAAAAGGACAAAGAAAGAACAGGCAAUGUGGGAUGAAUAUAAUCAGAGACUUAAACAAGAGAGGGAGAGAAUGAAGACGAUGAUUAAGGAAGAAAGACAGACU